GGGGCCGCAGCCCAGCAAUCGGUGAUUGCGGUUAUCAAUCCCCUUCGCUUCAGUCACCCCCGCGACCAUGGGAUGGUCCUGCCCGGGGGAGCGACCAGCUGCCGGAGCCUGGCGCUGCGUCACAGCCGGGACGGGGGCUCGGCGCUGCUCUGCCUGCCGGGGCCGGUGCCUGCAGCAUGGAGAGAGGACUGGUUGUUACUCAGCUGGAUGUUGAGCCCGGUGAGUGCAUCAAGGUCAAAGGGAAGAUCCAGUCUGAUGCCAAAGGGUUUGCUGUGAACGUGGGCAAGGACAGCAACACCCUCAUGCUGCAUUUCAACCCUCGCUUUGACUGCCACGGGGACGUCAACACCAUCGUGUGCAAUUCCAAGGAGGAUGGCGUGUGGGGGGAGGAGGACAGGAAGGCCGACUUCCCCUUCCAGCACGGUGACAAGAUUGAGAUAUGCAUCUCCUUCGAUGAAGCUGAGGCCACGGUGAAGCUGCCCGAGGCAGAGUUCAAGUUCCCAAAUCGGCUGGGCAUGGAGAAAAUUGAAUACCUGGCUGUGGAGGGUGACUUCAAAGUCAAAGCCAUUAAGUUCAGCUAACAGCUAUAGCUUGGUUUGUUUUGUUUUCUGCCCCCUGUGUAGUGAAAUAAACCAAAACAUGCAAUGGC